ACCCCCUCUCUGCCUUGCUGUCGAGGCUGCUUCUGCCAGGGGAGGGCAGGGCCUGGACUCGCCGGCUGCAGGCGCCGCCAUGGCUGCCAUAUUGGGGAGGAAGUGAGAACAGUAGGCGGCAGCGGCGGCCAGGCAGGAGCCCUUCCCCUCUGCCCUUUGCUCAGCGAGGCGCUGCUCUGCCGGCGGCGGCCGCUCGCAGGACCCCGGAGUGAGCGGCGCGGAGGCAGCGGCGGCCGGGCUAAGCGCCCCGGAGGCGGCGGCGUUGGCCUAAGAUGGCGGACCCGGCGGAAUGUAACAUCAAAGUGAUGUGUCGCUUCAGGCCCCUCAACGACUCCGAGCGGAACCGCGGCGACAAAGACAUCACCAAGUUCCAGGGAGAGGACACCGUCAUCAUCGCGUCCAAACCUUAUGUAUUUGAUCAUGUAUUCCAGUCAAACACAUCGCAGGAGCAAGUAUACAAUGAUUGUGCUAAAAAAAUCGUGAAAGAUGUACUUGAGGGAUACAAUGGUACAAUAUUUGCUUAUGGACAAACAUCAUCUGGGAAAACUCACACUAUGGAGGGAAAACUUCAUGAUCCAGAUGGGAUGGGGAUUAUUCCAAGAAUAGUGCAAGAUAUUUUUAAUUAUAUUUACUCCAUGGAUGAAAAUUUGGAGUUCCACAUUAAGGUGUCAUAUUUUGAAAUAUACUUGGAUAAAAUAAGGGACCUUUUAGAUGUUUCAAAGACCAACCUUUCUGUUCAUGAGGACAAAAAUAGAGUUCCUUAUGUAAAAGGUUGCACUGAACGUUUUGUAUGUAGUCCAGAUGAAGUUAUGGAUACUAUAGAUGAAGGAAAAUCUAACAGACAUGUAGCAGUUACAAACAUGAACGAACACAGCUCUCGAAGUCAUAGUAUUUUCCUUAUUAAUGUAAAACAAGAGAACACCCAAACUGAACAGAAACUGAGUGGAAAACUUUACCUUGUGGACUUGGCAGGUAGUGAAAAGGUUAGUAAAACUGGAGCAGAAGGUGCUGUGCUAGAUGAAGCUAAGAAUAUCAACAAGUCUCUCUCAGCUCUUGGAAAUGUCAUCUCUGCUUUGGCUGAAAGCAGUAGUUACGUUCCAUAUCGUGACAGUAAAAUGACCAGAAUCCUUCAGGAUUCAUUGGGUGGUAACUGUAGAACCACUAUUGUAAUUUGCUGCUCUCCAUCAUCAUACAAUGAAUCUGAAACUAAAUCUACACUCUUAUUUGGUCAAAGAGCUAAGACUAUUAAGAACACAGUUUGUGUCAAUGUGGAACUUACUGCAGAACAAUGGAAAAAAAAGUAUGAAAGAGAAAAAGAGAGAAACAAGACACUGCGUAACACCAUACAGUGGCUUGAAAAUGAACUCAACAGAUGGCGCAAUGGGGAGACUGUACCAUUUGAAGAGCAGUUUGACAAAGAGAAAGCCAACUUGGAAGCUUUUGCACUGGAUAAGGAUGUUACUGUCAAUAAUGAUAAACCAGCUCCUACAAUUGGAGUGAUUGGUAAUUUUACUGAUGCUGAAAGAAGAAAGUGUGAGGAAGAAAUUGCUAAAUUGUACAAACAACUUGAUGACAAGGAUGAAGAAAUCAAUCAGCAGAGCCAAUUAGUAGAAAAGUUGAAGACACAAAUGUUGGAUCAGGAAGAGCUUCUAGCAUCUACUAGGCGGGAUCAAGACAAUAUGCAAGAGGAGCUGAAUCGCCUCCAGACUGAAAAUGAUGCCUCUAAAGAAGAAGUGAAAGAAGUGCUACAAGCCCUUGAGGAACUUGCUGUCAACUAUGAUCAGAAAUCUCAGGAAGUUGAAGAUAAAGCAAAGGAGUAUGAACUGCUUAGUGAUGAACUCAAUCAGAAAUCGGUAAUUUUAUCCACUAUAGAUGCAGAGCUGCAGAAACUUAAAGAAAUGACCAGCCACCAGAAAAAAAGGGCAACCGAGAUGAUGGCCUCGUUACUGAAAGAUCUUGCGGAAAUAGGAAUUGUAGUAGGAAAUAAUGAUGUGAAGCAACCUGAAGGAACUGGCAUGAUAGAUGAAGAAUUCACAGUUGCAAGACUAUACAUUAGCAAAAUGAAAUCAGAAGUGAAAACAAUGGUAAAACGCUGCAAGCAAUUAGAAAGCACUCAAACUGAAAGCAAUAAAAAAAUGGAAGAGAAUGAAAAGGAGCUGGCAGCUUGUCAGCUUCUUAUCUCACAGCACGAAGCCAAGAUCAAGUCAUUGACAGAAUAUCUUCAGAAUGUGGAACAGAAAAAGAGGCAACUGGAAGAGUCUGUGGAUUCCCUUAAUGAAGAAUUAGUCCAGCUUCGAGCACAGGAAAAAGUCCAUGAAAUGGAGAAGGAGCACUUAAAUAAGGUCCAAACUGCUAAUGAAGUCAAGCAAGCUGUUGAGCAACAGAUUCAAAGCCACCGUGAGACACAUCAAAAGCAAAUUAGUAGCCUAAGAGAUGAAGUUGAGGCAAAGGAGAAGCUCAUUACUGAACUCCAAGACCAAAACCAGAAGAUGAUGCUUGAGCAAGAACGUCUUAGAGUUGAACAUGAGAAACUGAAAGCUACAGAUCAGGAUAAAAGCAAAAAACUGCAUGAACUUACGGUUAUGCAAGACAGACGAGAACAAGCAAGACAAGAUUUGAAGGGUUUAGAAGAGACAGUGGCUAAAGAACUUCAAACGCUACACAAUCUUCGAAAGCUGUUUGUUCAAGAUCUGGCUACCAGAGUUAAAAAGGACUCGGAUGAGACGGGAGGCAGUGCUGCUCAAAAACAGAAAAUUUCCUUUCUUGAGAAUAAUCUUGAGCAGCUCACAAAAGUCCACAAACAGCUGGUGCGAGAUAAUGCAGAUCUUCGCUGUGAGCUUCCUAAACUGGAGAAACGACUUAGAGCUACAGCUGAGAGAGUUAAAGCUUUGGAAUCUGCGCUAAAAGAAGCCAAAGAGAAUGCAUCUCGUGAUCGGAAACGAUAUCAGCAAGAGGUAGACCGUAUUAAGGAAGCAGUCAGAUCCAAGAACAUGGCCAGAAGAGGACAUUCUGCACAGAUUGCUAAGCCUAUCCGUCCUGGCCAGCAUCCAGCAGCUUCUCCAACUCAUCCAAGUGCAAUUCGUGGGGGAGGUGUGUUUACUCAAAACAGUCAGCCAGUCACACUGCGUGGAGGUGGAGGACGUCAGGAUAAAGUGUAA